AGCUCAAACUAUAAAUGCCCACUAAAUACAGCAUCAUGUGCUAUUAACCCAUACAAAAAAAAAGUGAUUCUGUUCUCUGUCUCUCUUUUUGUGUAGAUAUUAAGAAGAGCAGACAAGAAUGAUGAUGGAAAACUGUCCUUUGAUGAAUUCAAAGCUUACUUUGCUGACGGAGUUCUGAGUGGAGAAGAACUGCAUGAACUUUUUCACACCAUUGAUACACACAAUACCGACAAUCUUGACACGGAAGAGCUCUGCGAAUAUUUUUCCCAGCACUUAGGAGAGUAUGAAAAUGUUCUAUCUGUCUUGGAAGACUUAAACAUAACCAUACUGAAGGCAAUGGACAAAACAAAGAAAGACUAUCAGGAAGCUUCCAAUUUGGAGCAGUUUGUGACUCGCUUUCUUUUGAAGGAAACACUGAACCAGCUUCAGUCCCUCCAGAGCUCCCUGGAAUGUGCCAUGGAAACCACGGAGGAGCAGACUCGGCAGGAGAGACAAGACCCAGCAAAACCAGAAGUGCUCUCAAUUCAAUGGCCAGGAAAACGCUCAGCUCGAAGGCUUCAGAGGAACAACAGCCUGCUGCCAAAUAGCCCUCAUUUUAGCGCAGGUUGGAUUGAGGACAACAGCCAGUGGAACACCCAGAUUAACAGGCUCCAAAAGCUGAUUGACAGGCUGGAAAAGAAGGACCUAAAGCUUGAGCCAUUUGAAGAGGAAGUUUUGGAAGAAAAUGCAAAAUCUCACAUAAUGAUUGUUCAACGCCAAAUGUCCGUGAUAGAAGAAGAAAUUGAGGAAUUCCGUCUUGCUCUGAAGCAGUAUGUGGAAUCUGCUUCUACUCAGGGUGGCUGCUUGCAUGUUUCCAUACAGAAGCUUCCAAGUGAUUCCCGCUUCAUUGUUUAUGAAUUCUGGGAGAACAGCAAUGUCUGGAAUAGCCACCUUCAAAUGAAUUACAGCAAGACAUUCCAAAGAAGUAAUGUGGACUUCUUGGAAACUCCAGAGCUCAUCACAACAAUGCUAGUCCCUGCAUCGUGGUGGGUCCUCAAUAACAACUAGAAGCUGUGGUUCCAAGUAGUGUUAAUGCUGCAUUGUUUUUCAUUAUAACAUUCAUAUAGCAAUGUACAGUUGUGCUGGGUUAUGAAUUUAUGAUGUGAUACUGUUUGUUAUUAUGGAUGUGAUCUUUUCCAUUUUAAAAUAUGGAAAACUGCACAUUUAUUACCGUCUCUUCUUGUGACUAGUUCAGUGAAAUGAUGCAUUAUAGAAGCUGAAACAAGACAGCUAUGCUAAACUGUUUAUUGUGUAUAUUCAGUUCAAACUGUCACAGAAAAGUGCAUCUUGAUUGGUGUGGCUAAGUAUUUGUGAAGUUUUA